AGUGCUGUAACGUCAUAUCACUCAAGAAUCAUGUUGCAUACAACCGUGUUUAAGCUGUCACUUGACGUAGUGAGGAUGUUGGCAGAGCUCGUGGUGUUGGCAGGCACCAGUCAGACCGCCGUUGUCGUCUGGAUGACGCAUGCGCGCCGCCCGACCUUAGCCCGUCCUCAGCCAGUCGACGUUUCGCGCCACGCAGUCCUACAUGUAAAUAAAUUCAUUUCACGCUUACUGAAGUACGCAUCACUUUCGUUUUCAGUUGCAAUACCGUGUUUACGUGUCUUUGUGCUCGUGUUGUGGUUUAAAUUGACUUGGAUUUUGCUAACGAAGACACCGAAUUUAAUUCUCGAGGAGGGGAGGUGUAUGGAGUUCUGCUGUCAGAUUUGGUCGGGAGCUGUCAAAUAUCUACUAAACGCACUGCACUCUGUACAAAAGCACACCAAAAGAUUCACGCAGAUGAGCGGCGACCGCGCCGGCAGCGGGACGCAGUGUGGUCUGACGUCACUGCUGCCGAUGUCGUGCCGCGGGCGCGCUGCCGCAUUUGCGCGCGACUUGCACUCCCGCUUGCGCAACCUCGGCGCCGGACACGAUGACUGUGACAGCAACUGGAUCGCGCGCGACACCGCCGCCACACACAGACCCGCCAACUCCGCACAAAGGGACCUAGACACAUUCUACGAUUUCGAACUAGAAUGCGAGAGUCCUUCCAGUCCUGUCGACGAAUACGAUGGAGCGUUUCCGGAACGAGCUGCUGCAGCAGACACGGAACAGCCAUUCUACGAUCUCGAAAACGAAACCGAGACCAAAGAGCAGGCCAGGUUAAUGUUGAAGCAGCCGGAUAAAAAUAAAAAUGGUUUCAAAUUCUCCACUGCAUUCUACACAGACUAUUCACCAGUGAAAUUACAACCGGUCCCGCGAGAAAACGGUCAUACAGACAAACCCCUUUAUUCUCCUAUAAGUUUUGAAGGUUGUGCGCGACAAAACAGCUACGAUGAAAUCGAUUGUGCAGUUCGGCCUGCGGUUGUUGUAGAAUCUGAACGACUCAGCUCCCCACUGAAUCAUUCGAUAAUACCGGAUAGCGAUUCUGAGUUUGAGUCUGCCAAAAGCGAUCCGUCGGAGGCCAACGACGAGGUUACAUUAACAGAAAAGUCAUUGGAAAAUGAUGUGACGGAGGGUAUCGAAAACUUGUCAAUUAUAGAUCUCGAUCUCGUCGAAGAGGAAAUUCCUGUAGACAAUAUCGAUAUUGAAGUAACAGCCGCUACUGAUCUUAUUGAUUCGACUCAAAUUAUUACCAGUGAAGUUUCUGAAGACAACGAGAUAUCUCCUACUCCCGAAAUUGAUCCUAAGUUUUUAAGCACAGAGUGUAAAGAAGAUGAAGAGGCAGAAGACGAUCGUCCCCAACGCGUUCGUAGGUGCUCAUCACUUAAAACUGGCAAAACGCCACCCGGUACGCCGGGACGAAAGAAAAUAGUUCGCUUCGCCGACGUAUUGGGCCUCGAUUUAGCAGACGUCAAGACGUUUAUGGAUGAAAUUCCAGUCAUUCCAAAAUCCGCCUACGACGAUCUAACAGGCUGCGACAUGCUGAGUUCCUCGCCGCCUGCCCGGACGCCGCCCAGACUCGGCGCUCUCACAUUAGUACCUUUAUUCCAGGUACCGCGUGACGUCACAGAGAAGCUAGAAAAGAUGCUCGUCUGUCUAGAGAGCGCACGAGUUUGCGACGGCGCUCACGUAACGGUUUGUGGAUCGGUGCGCGUAAGAAAUUUAGAUUUUCAUAAAACUGUACAUAUUCGAUACACGAUGAAUAGAUGGAAAACGUACACCGAUCUCCAGACGACUUACGUGCAGGGCUCCUGCGACGGAUACUCGGACCGCUUUCAGUUUGUGCUAUACGCACCGUGCAUAACUUCGGGACAGAGGUUAGAGUUGGCCGUUCGAUUCCAAUGCAAGGGGCAGCAGUUUUGGGACAAUAACAGCGGAGCUAACUAUUGCUUCGAUUGCCUCGCGUUGGGGGCGACUGCGCCGAUGCAGACGACGACCGCGGCGCUUCACCCUACUGUGGACUGGCACCCAUCUUUUUACUGACGCUCUGAGCGAAGAUAUGCGGGAUGCUAGCCGUACUGUAAGAGCGGUGAAAACGAGUGGACGAGUCCUUUGAGGCAGGAGUGUGUCUUGCGAGUCCGGCUGGUCCGGAACUACAGCGUGAGCUCGAACGACAAACCGUUGUUGCCUCAUUUAAUUGUGUGCUUUGUGUACAACGAUCAAUUACUAGGAGAAGCAAUAUGGCGUCCUAAUAUUAUGAGGCUUGAAAUGUAAAGCGUUUUUUGUGAUAUAAUUUAGAGUAGGUGUAGAAUUUAUUGAAUCGAGAGAUCAUCUCGUUCGGAGUGCCAUUCGCAUUAACGACCUAUCUGAUUAUAAAAUUUUCUUUAUGAUUUUGUAGUAUAACGUAAACGAGAAUAUAGAAACUAUGAAAUGUUAUAAAUACAAUAUAAUAAUUAUUAAAACGACCGAUGGAGUGAGUGAGUUGAAUGUGAACUGUGUACAUAGUUAGAGAGGUAUAUUCUGAAUGUUAUUAAUAUUUUAAUAAUUUUUACAAACUAUUAGCCUUAUUAAAUAAUUAGAUCUAUAUCGAAAUAAAUCACUUAGACUGUGUUUGUUAAUCAUGAAUUAGAUGGUAUGAAUUUUUUUUAUUAUUGUUAUUAAUAAUGUGAAUAUAAUUCAAUGCCUUUAUAAUAUAGAAGUUUUUAGAUUCUUACAACCGUUAAUAACUCUUUAUAAUUAUUUUUUAUAAGACUACAUACAUUUAAGAUUAUCCUGUCCUACAAAAACUGUAAC